CAUUAAACAAAAUAUAUUUAUACAAGCUAUAUACAGACGCAGGUUAGUUAAACACCUGAACAACUUCAGCAACCUCGCUGCUAGUGCUGCACGGUGGCUGUAGGCUAGUAGUAGAGCGAUGUUUCCACUCGGACUGUUUCAAGCGACGCACAUCGGAAAUACACGUACCCAGCAGCACAAACAGCGCCACCGUCACAUGUUGCUCCUCUGUUGUCUGCUGGAUGCUUUAAAACGACAUGUGUCAGCUGGGAUCUUUCUGGCAAAUCAGCGCAGUGAUUUUUCGCGAAUCUGAAACUUUGUAGCUCCCUUGUCUUAUCCGGAUGCUGUAACAUUAACGACUGACGUGACGUUACGUUAAAGCAACUCACUGUGUCCGGAUGGGAGAAUUAAGCCACACAAAGUAGGAAAGGAAACUGAAAAGUGAAGGUUUUCGGCUCCGUUUGUGACAGUGGAAAUGGGAAAGAAAAGAGGGAAGGACAAGAGCUCCAGAGAGGACGAGGACAUUGACCUGACAGGUCCAUCCUGCAGGCAUAUUAAAAAGGGAACAGAACAAACUCUUCUAAAGAAACUCUCUGGCAAUUCUGAUUGGACGAGGUGCCAGGAUUGUAAGCAUGAAGGAAAUGAAGAAAAUAAAGAAACUAUCAGCACCACUGAGCCACAGGACAUUAAAGAGGAGAAAGAAACAGCAGCCAUAUGGAUGUGCUUGAAAUGUGGCCAUAUAGGAUGUGGACGACACUCUGAGAACCAGCAUGCCAUCAAACAUUAUGAGACUCCUCGGUCGGAUCCACAUUGCCUGGUGAUCAGUUUGGACACCUGGAGUGUGUGGUGUUACAUAUGUGAUGAGGAAGUCCAGUACUCCAAAACUGGACAUUUGGCUCAGCUGGUGACCAACCUAAAAAAGCAAGCCUCUGCAGAAGAGGCUCCCAUAAAGACGCCGCAGAAAAGAGUAAAGGAAGAAGACAGCUUGGUGGAAGUUGAUCAGAAGACCGAGAUUGUAAAAGCAGAGGAAAGUGAGGACAAGGAGAACAAAGAAAACAAGGGCCACCAAAAGAAAAACACCAAGAAAGAGAAUGUUGUGAAAUCACAAAAGUCUGGCACAUCUGAAGACAAUGGUGGUGUUUCAGUAAAGGGGCUGAGCAACCUGGGAAAUACAUGUUUCUUUAAUGCAGUCAUUCAGAAUCUCUCUCAAACUCAGCUCUUAAGACAGACUCUCAACAAAGUGACAGAAGAGAAAAUUAGUCUUGACAUUAAACCUGUUGCCUCCUCGGACCUGGAGCCUAUCGUAAUGCAGUUAGACCAGCCCGGAUCCCUGACUUUGGCUAUGUGUCAGCUAGUCAAUGAGAUCCAGGAAUCCAAGAAGGGUGUGGUAACACCACGGGAGUUGUUCACACAAGUUUGUAAAAAGGCUGCCAGGUUCAAAGGAUUUCAGCAGCAAGAUAGCCAGGAGCUGCUGCGCUACCUUCUGGAUGGGAUGCGAGCUGAGGAGAUCAAAAGAGUAAGCUCAGGGAUCAUGGAUGCAUUGAAAGAAUCUAGAAAAAGCACAGAUGGUGAGCAGCUGAAAACACUAGUUAAAGAGUAUGAGAAAAAUGGAUUUCCCAAAAACUUUGUUGACCAAGUUUUUGGUGGGGAAAUGACCAGCACUAUAAUGUGUCAGCAGUGUAAAACGGUGUCUGUAGUCACAGAGAUGUUCUUGGAUCUUUCCCUUCCUGUUUCUGAUGAGACAUACAGAAAGAAGAACCAGAAAAAAGCCGUUCAGAACACCAGUGAGUCGAGCCAGGAUGACAGAGACAGCCCUGCUUUGACAAACGGGAAGGAUGACAUUCCCACCGGGUCCGGCAGCAAGUACCAGCAGAAGAAAGCCAAGAAACAGGCUAAGAAGCAGGCAAAGCAUCAAAAGAGGCAGCAGAAGAUUGAGGGCAGAGUCACUUUGGACAGUCUUUCAUCUCCAAGCCAAACAGAGAGCGAACAGACCGACCCUACUGCAGAUGCAAAGGACGGGGAAAAUGCUGACAAUGAAACACAUGAAGAAGACUCACUAAGUGAAGAAAAUCCUGCACAAAUUGGUGUGUCUGAACAGGACCAGAAGAACCCUGAUACGGUCCAGGAUGAGAAUGACAAAGAAGAGGAUGAGGAUUCAGUGAUCGACUGCGACUCAUCAGCUACGUCAUCAGUCAGCAAUCGUUUUACCGUCUUAUCAGAGGAGCAGCACUCAAAGGACGGCAUCUUAGACGAUGACAAAAUAUCUGAGAUGGAUCAGGAAGGAGAAGAGGACACAGAGCUGGUGAGUGAAAUGGAGAAAGUAACCCUGGAUGAUGCCUCCAUGGAAGACUCUAAUGAUGUGGAACAAAGCAUGGAGAGUGAAGAUGAGCAACUGGAAGCUAAAGAGUACACCGUAGUAAGUCAGGAUCCAGAGCUGGCCUUCCAAACACUGGCUACCAGGACAGCCCCUGAGAAACAGGAGUGUUCAGUCCAGUCAUGCCUUUUUCAGUUCACACUAGUGGAAACCCUCACGCAGAACAACAGCCUGCUAUGCGUCACCUGCACCAAACGGCAGCCAAACAAAGACAAAGCUGGAGGAUCCAAGAAGAAUGUCUACACUGAUGCCUUGAAGCAAAUGCUGAUCUCCUCUCCCCCACCAGUGCUUACUCUUCAUUUGAAGAGAUUUCAGCAGAAUGGAUACAGUAUUUGUAAGGUGAACAGACACGUCCAAUUCCCCCUGAUACUGGAUCUAGCUCCCUUUUGUGCAGUGAAAUGCAAGAACUUUCCAGAGGGAGAUGCUCAGAUUUUGUACAGUUUGUACGGUAUCGUAGAGCACAGCGGGACAAUGAGGUCAGGUCAUUACACAGCGUAUGUGAAAGCACGACCUGAAUCUAAACCCUCAUCCAACGGAUUUACAGCUGAAGGACAUGCGGAGCCACCCAGAGGAUCCUGGUUCCAUAUCAGCGACACAAGUGUUCAGCCUGUGAGCGAGAGUAAAGUCCAGAGUAGCCAAGCCUACCUCCUCUUCUAUGAAAGAAUCCUCUGAUCGAACUGUGCCUCACUUCUCAGGAAAAUCCAACCAAACCAACCUGCUGCUGCUGCUGCUGCUCCACAGUAUACAAGUGAUCUCAAACAAUGAACCAACACUUUUUGUCAGUGACUCAAACUGGGUUGUGAUGAAAUAAUAUUGAUUAUACUGAAGGGACAUUUUCAUCACAGUGGUUUCACACAGUGUUUCAAGUAUUAAACUGGGCCAGCUGUAUGUUUGUCACACUCAUGGAAUAUCGCAAGGUGUCAAGUCAAUGAAAGUCAAGAUGGACAUCGAACAGAUUGUGGUAUUGGAUUUGUACAAAUGACAAAAAUCAAUUUCAGGAGGCAAAUGAAAUGUUGGGGGAAAAUAAUUUGUAACACAUAUUUAUAUGUCUAUUUUUAUCAAUGUCAUCUUGUAAUGAAAUGCUUCAAAAUUG